CUGCAACCCUGUUUAUCAUAUGAUCCAAUAAAUCAACCUGAAAAAAAAUUUCAACUUAUUAGGGAUUUCCAGCUCCAUAAUUCUCCUCAAACACCCAAAUGUCAAGCCCUCAUGUCACUGAUCUCCCCAAAUUUUUGCAAGAAGAGGGACUGACCCAAGAGUGCAAAACCCUCCUCUCCUCUCUCCCUAGAAACAAAGGAUGGAUUGUUAAUCUCUUCCAGUACCAAGGCUUCUGGUACACAUCAAGGCAACUCCAGGGAGUUCUCACUUGCCAACAUCACUUCCAAGCUAACUCAGACGAUCUCCUUCUCAUCACCACUCCCAAAUCCGGCACCACUUGGCUUAAGGCCAUCACCUUCGCCGUCAUCAAUCGCAAUCGUUACUCCUCAUCCGACCACCCACUUCUCACAACCAACCCACAUGAGCUUGUUCCUUUCUUAGAACUCAAGCUCUUUGUUGACAACCAAAUUCCUGACCUCACCUCCUUUGCGUCUCCCAGGCUUUUCUCCACACAUAUACCAUAUGUAUCCCUCCCUGAAUCUGUAAAGAAACAAGGUUGCAAAAUGGUUUUUCUCUGUAGAGACCCAAGAGAUAUGUUUAUCUCAAAUUGGCACUUCACAAACAAGCUGAGGCCCCAAACGAUGGGGACCCUUUUAUUGGAAGAGGCGUUUGAGAGUUUCUGUAAGGGUGUGUGUGUCUAUGGGCCCAUCUGGGAUCACAUCUUAGAGUACUGGAAACAAAGCCUGGAGAGACCUGAAAAGGUGUAUUUCUUGAAGUUUGAGGAGAUGAAGGCUGAGCCAAGUGUUCAGUUGAAAAGGUUGGCAGAGUUCUUUGGAUGUCCAAUUUCAGAGGAAGAGGAAAAAGAAGGGGUAGUAGAGGAGAUAUUGAAGCUGUGUAGUUUUGAUCAUUUGAGCAACCUGGAUGUGAACAAGACUGGGAAGUUGCCUUCUAGAGUAGAAAACAGCAUGUUCUUUAGGAAGGGUGAGGUGGGAGAUUGGGUGAAUCAUUUUACGCCUGAGAUGGUAAAGGAGUUUGAACGAAUCAUGGAGGUGAAGUUCCAUGGAUCUGGUUUACAGUUUUAGGUGUAUCUGAUUCAUCUUUAUUCAUUCAUAGUUCUUGCUUUUGUGUUGUAGAUCUUUGUUUGCAAGUGUGUUUGCCUUCUUGGGUGAGGUAGACCGGCAGAUUAGAUUAUUCUAUGUAAUAAGUGUACCAAUAAUUUUAAUCACAAAAAUUAGGUUGUUGUUGGUUUUAA